UUUGUGAUUGACAGGGCGGUGACGGAUCCGAGGGACGGUAGAAGAGUGGCCUUGAAAAAACUGCCGAACGUCUUUCAGAGCCUCGUGAGUAGCAAACGGGUCUUCAGGGAGCUGAAGAUGCUCUGCUUCUUCAAACACGAAAACGUCCUCUCGGCCCUGGACAUCCUUCAGCCACCGCACCUGGAUUUCUUCCAAGAAAUGUAUCCUUUUCUAUAGCCAGACAACGCGGCCAAAACUGGUUUGCCUUUCGGGGAAGUCUGAAAACGCUGAUUCUUUCACGGCGACCCGCGUUUCCGGGACAUUGUACCGCUUCCCUCUGCCGAGUAAGUUUUCAACAUCGAAAUACCCCGAGGAAUUCCUCUCCGCGUGGAGGUACCGCGAUUUUUAAGAACGUUGUUCGACCUCGCCAUUUUGCCUUCCUCUCCUUUCUCCACUUUUCUGUCACUUUUCUGAAAAUUCAGAGAUCUCGUCUCGUACGAAAAGUAGUUUGGAGAAAUUUGGGGUUUUUACGGGUUGAGAGUAGAAAGAGUUUGAAGCGAUAUAUAGGAAUUGCGAGGCAAUAGUAAUGGCGUACGCGGAUGGGUAAGAUUUCUACUUUCUUUCUCUC